UAGGCAAGGGCGUUGCUGGGAGUCACAUUUAACUAUUAUAGUUUGUUAUAACCAAAACGUUUGUUUUGCAGUGUAAAAGUGCCUAAAUAUCAAAAUGAUUAAAUUGUUUGAAAGUGUAAAACACACAUCAAAAUAUGCUGAAGCAAGGCCAACAACACCAGAUUCAGUCGCUGAGCGAGUUAUUUCAUUCAUGAGCAAAUCCAAACCAUUAGAGGGCAGUAGAUAUGCGAAAAUGGUGGAUGUUGGUUGUGGUAAUGGUCAAUCCACCUCCAUUUUUGCUCCCUACUUUAAAAGUGUAGUAGGAAUGGACACAAGCGAAAACCAAAUUGCUUUUGCAAAGAAGAAGAACAAUAUUGAUCAUAUUGAGUACCUGGUUGGGAACGGAGAAAGUCUUCCAUUUAAAGAUGCAGAGUUGGAUCUCGUAGCAAGUGGACAAGCUGUACACUGGAUGGAUUUGGAUAGUUUUCUCCCAGAAUGUAGGAGAGUCUUAAAACCAGGGGGAUGCAUCUUGCUUCAUGGGUACAAAGAUCCGCGAGUACGUAUGGUGGGAAUGGAGGAGAAUAAAGUGAAGAGGACUAAAGAGGAUGUUGAAAAUUUAAAGAGGAAGAUGCACGAUCAGUGCAGGUUUAAUCCAAGGAUAAAACAUGUGGAUGAGGGGUAUUUGGAAAUAUUUGAUAUUCUAAAAAGUGAUGACAAAGUAAGAGAAGAUGGUAACAUUGUAAUAGAGAGGUACUGGACUCUUGAAGAAUUAGAGGCAUUUUUUCAUUCAUGGUCAGGAUACCAAACCUAUAUUGAAGAUAAAAAGAAAGAACUGAUGGAAAAGUACGGGAACAUUGAUGCAUUGGAGGAACAUGAUAUAAUGAAGUGGUAUAUUGAUGGGGUUAAGAAAGUUUGGAACGUGAAAACUAAAAACAAUUCCGAGAUUCAAUUGCAUGUCACCUUUGAUGUGUUUAUGAUAUUGUCUGGAAUCCCAAAGAAUUAAUCUUGUGAUAUUUUAAUCAUUGAUUCUCACUUGAAAAUCUAAUGACUCUUGAGAAGUUUCACUUUAGGUAUUUUUUACCAUGGAAUAUUAUGUGAAAUUUGGAAUUUUAUGAACCAUUUCUGUUUAUAUUCUGUUUUUUCAUACUACCUCUGAUAAUUUAAACAUUUAUAAUUAUACCUCCUCAUCUUGUAAAUACGUACUUAAGAUUCACUUCUAGCUUUGUCGAUAAAACACUUUAAAAACAAACAUCGACAAAACACCAAAUCUCAAACAAGUUGAAACUUACACUGCAGGAUUAACAUUGUAUAAAACAUUAUCAAAUUUGCUCCAAUAAAAAUUGGGUUUGGCACACACU